CGGCGCGCUCCGUUCACCUCCUAUUGUUGUGUGGCCAGAGGGUCGCACUGGAUUCGGAUAUUUUAAUUUGUUUUUCUUUAUUUUUGUCCCAGCCUGUUGGUGUGGUAUAACUAUUUAUAUAUUUAGGUUGAUAUUGUUUUCUUUUUGUUGUACAUUUUGGCUCGUUGUCUGUAUUAAUUUGUUUUUUUCUCUCUCUCUCUGCUGACAGUGCUGAGGCCCGGCGGCGGUGUUGGUGUGGUGACGGUGUCUUCCUUUUUUUUUGUGUGCCGUGAUUCCUGAGUUUGGGUCUUCUCACUGCGUCUGGUGCUUUACAGGGGUUUUGUUUGCUGUGUUUGGGUGGAUCCCGUCCUAUGGUGGCCCCCUUCCGCCGAUUGGCUAAUCCGUCAACAGAGCAGCAGUGGUUUCGUGCAGAGCAUCAAAGCGGUGGGUGAGGUGUUAAGAGUUAACCUUAGGUUGUAAUUCUGCACUGUAGUAAUCACAAGAAGCAGAAUAAGCUUGUGAUAAUUAUGGAAGAAGAAAUUCAGGAACUUAAAGAGCUGGUAGCAAGCUUAAGAGCUGACAAUGAGCGGUUGCGACAAGGACAGGCUAGCUUAAGUGCUCAGCCAUCCACUUCUUCAGCAUUGCCUAAUGCCCCUCCUACACCUAGUCUCCCUGUAGCAGAGAGACUGAUUUUUGUGCCUAGAGAUAGGAAAUGUCCCAUCUUUAGAGGAAGGACAGGUAUAGGUUUGAGUGAGUGGACUGAGGAAGCAAGAUUGUGUAUGAGAGCCCGGCAUCUGUCUGUAGCUGACCAAGCGUUUUUCCUGUUUGAUCACCUGGAGGGAGAAGCUAGAAAUGAAAUAAAGUAUCGCUCUAGUGCAGAGAGAGAGGACCCUGCUAGAAUAUUUGAGAUCCUACAAGAGUUGUAUGGUUGUUCUGAGUCCUAUGUUGCUCUUCAAGAGGCCUUCUUUUCUAGAAGACAACAAGAGGGAGAGAGUCUUCAGGAGUUCUCCCUCGCAUUAAUGGGCCUUAUGGAGAGGGUAAAACAGCGUGCACCUGCUGGUAUGUUGAAUUCUGAGACACUGUUAAGAGAUCAGUUUGUUGAACAGGUGUUGGACAGUUCCCUGAGACGCGAGUUGAAGCAGCUGGUACGCACAAGGCCUGACAGUACUUUACGUGAGGUUAGGGCCGCAGCAAUCCAGUGGGAACGCGAAGGGGUACCUCAUGGUGGGAGGAACCGUAGCCAGUCGCUUCCUUCAGUUUAUGGCGUCCAGUAUGGGGUACAUGGUGGUCCUCCGGUAGCUUCUUUAACAUCAGCAACGGAGAUGAGUCAAAUAAGAGAAAUGCUAAAGUGUCAGCAAAAGCAGCUCCAGCAGCUUAGUGAGAGCAUUUCUCAGUUGCAGAAUUUCCACCGCCCUAAUCAUCCACGCACCACUGGUCCAGUAAUCUGCAGGCGGUGCAACCAGCCAGGUCAUUUCGCACGAGAGUGUGAUGGGGUGCGUGUCCCCCGUCGAACCCAAUGUCCGCCAAAUUCAGCUGCCCAGUCCCGUUCUGCUUCUGUGGCGGAAAACUAGU